CCUUUGCUAUCACUUCUGUCACUAAAAUGUCAAAAAAAAUUUAAAACAUCCAGUUUCUCAAGAUAAAUUCCAGUGAACAUGAGCUCCCAAGAGGAAAAAUUAACGGACCCCAUCGAAUCAAACACAAUCAAUAGGCAGUUAUUGAAAAACCAAUCUUUCCUUUACACCGAAAACCAAAAACUGCAAAACGAUGUUCAAAGCCUCUCGAAGCAAUUGGAGAAUCUCAGAAACUCAACAAUUCAACCUGAGGUGUUUGAAGCACUUAGGAAAGAAAAGGACCAUCUUCUGGCUUUGAACGAAACACUGAGGAAGAAGAUAAAGACUAGAAGAGGUACGUCAAUUCUCACAACACCCUCUGACUUACAGAAAGAACAUAAGGAGAAAAUCGAAAUCAUAAAAACAGUUCAAGAAAUAGACAGGCUGUUGGAGAAGAUCAGGGACUCUGAGAAAUUCGAAAUGAGACCGUGUGAGAACAACGCAGCUCUAGUGAUAGAAUCCCUCACCAAGAAGCUGGAGGAAGAACAGCGAAAAUGCGAAGAAGCUAAUGAAGCUUUACGAAAACUGAGGGUAGACGACGAAAAGUACAUACUUCGAGAGAAAAUAACGGAUAUGAAGCAGCUGAUAAGCGAUUUAGAGGUGGAGAACACCAAGUUAAAAUUCGAAAACGAACAGCUUGCCGAAGAUGUUGAUGACUAUAAAAAACAGCUCAACGAAGCUACAGAAGAAGCCAAAACGGUCACCAAGAAGUUCUGCCAGCUGGAAGACGAGAAAGACAAACUGAAGGUUGUAAUUUCCGAACUGGAAAAUGAAAAGAUCAAGUUGAAGAAGGAAAUGAUUGAGGAGAUGAACGAAGCCAAUAGAGCCAAGAGGGUUUCCGUAGACACAGAAAUCGCUCUGCAUCAUAUUUCGGAAGCAUACGAGAACAAGAGGAAAGAAGUACAGGCUAUCUCUGCACAGUUGGAAGAAGCCGAGAAGAUAAUAAGGAGUUUUAAGGAACAGUUCGCUCCACAGUAUUGAAUAAUAGUUUCCAUUUACCGAAUUUUCAAUAAUAAGUCUGUUACCAUUAAGAUGGAAAUAAAGCUCGAUCAUUCAUA